AAGAAAUCAUGCCUUUCGGUAACACCCACAAAAGUUGAAGAUGAACUACUCCGCGGAGCAGGAGUACCCCGACCUGAGCCAGCAUAACAACCUGCGGGACAAGGAAACUCCAAGUGGAUUUACAGUGGAUGAUGUCAUUCAAACUGGGGUUGAUAACCCAGAGGAAGUGGGUGCGCUUGGACCCGACCUGGUGGCAGCAAUGGUUAAUCUAUCGCCUGCAAUGCAGGGCAGUCCCAAAACAGUACAUGGGAAGUUUAGGCAUAAACUGAAAAUGCCAAAAAUACCAGGCUUUGUGCGACGUCCACGGAGCCCCAAACCCAGAGUGGAGAGCAAUCCUCCUCAAACAGAGGUGAUUAUGGACUUUUUGGAGAACCUGAAGGAAAAUCGCUUGGUGGAGGCUUGCCAGCAGUUGCUCUUGCGAGAGGACAAGCUAUUUGGCCAAGAAACCAUGACGAUAGAGGGGUUGGUUCAGGUUUGCAAUGAGGACGAUAAAGACACGCUCCAAAAAGAUUAUGAAACCCUGCUGCUCCACUUAUGGAUGGCAGUUCACACCACCUUUAGUCCCACACCCUCAGGAGAACACCUAGAGAUACUUCGGAGUGCGGUGGAAACCAUAACGCUGCUGGAAGAGAAGGACCAGCAAUGGGAAGGGCGGCCCGAGGGCAGCAGCGAGGCCCCGUGUGGCGGCCACACCAGUGCCGGCACACCCACGACAACCUGCUUGAAAAAUGGUAGAUUCUCAAAUGAGGAAUGCGACAGUGGAGGAGGACAAUAUUAG